GAGACAAUAAUAACCCUACUAUAAUUAACCAUAUUUUUGUGGUAUUCCUAAAAGUGUUGUAACCAUGUUUUUUUUGUGUAUUGAUUAUUUGGUUAGCUAUGUUUUUCCAAAACCAUUGUUAUUUUGUGGUUACGGUUUUACUACAGUGGUUAAUUUUCGUAUGCGAAACAAACGCUAAGAAAGAUGAUAAAGUUUUAAAGUAAUUUUAUGUAGCUGGCGUGCGUUUAUAAUUAUUCGCGUUGUUUUUAUUACAUUUCUCUCGGAUAAAGCACUUUCCGAAACUGUCCGCUGUCCCGCAAAAUAUCGCAGAAACGAAAGUGAAACUAGCUGGAGGGAGUAACACUAUCGACUUGCCAGUCAUUUCCUUAUUAUUCAAAGUGUCGGUAUGGAGGAAUAUCCUUAUCCGAUCGUUGUGGAGGGGGACUGGAAUCCUGAACAUUCAAAAAGUUUAAAAAAUAAACUCCAUAUUUACUUCCAAAGUAGGGAGGAGACUGCGUCGUACACGUCAAUGAAAACAGCAGCGCUGCUACAGUUCGGUUUAAAUCAUCUGAGAUUCGAGAUAGUGUCCUCUCCAAAACGGAUCAUGUGAUUACAUUAGGGAAACACAACGUCAAUUUAAAACUGAGCAAACCCAGCGAUGCAGCGAAAGAGCAUGACAGCACCCCACAUCUGAAUGAGAAGGCUGGAAAUCAAGAACCUAUACAAAGUACCCCUCCAACUGAAAGUGAUACAGAUGUGAAGAAUCUUGAAGAGUUAUAUGCUGUAGUUCUGGAGAAUGUUGCAGAUGACUUCACAAAAGAUUUUUUGUCUGUUUUGGUGGAGAAUGUCAGUGGACUCUCGGAAAAGGACUUUAGCAUGGAACUAAUACCAGAAUUAAAGACAGCAGUUGUGACCUUUAAUAUUCCCCGUGUUGCAGGAAAGUUUCUUGAGGAGUGUAAGACACACAGAAAAUUCAAGGAUUAUGGUCUGAAGUCCCGUGCCCUGGAGAGGAGCACAUGUAUAAGGGUGGAGAAUCUUCCAUCUAUUGCCAAUAAGGUGCUGCUGGAGUUGUAUUUUGAAAAAUGGGGUGGUCCGAUAGAAGAAAUCAUCACAUUGCCAAUGGAGCAAGCGGCCAUUAUAACAUUUAAGAAUGAAGAAGACAUGGAAAAAGCGAGGAAGAUGGAGCAUACCAUUGGUGAUGUUUCAGUCAAGAUCCACCCUUACUAUAAAUCCCUAGGAACAGCCUUGUAUGGCAGCAACAGACCAACAUGGAAACUACCUGAACCAUUUAAAGUCAAUAUACAUUCUGCCAUCAGGGAGUUUCUCCUCAAGAAAAAGCUAAUUUCCUCUAUCAUUGAUAAGAUGAGCUCACAGUUCUGCCAAAUAAACAUAGACAAACCUGAAGUUCUGCUCAGUCCUGAUCCAGCAUUGCUGAAACAGAAAGGUUUAACCAGAAAACAUGUUGAUGGUUGGAGAAAGAAUGCCUCAGAAGCCUUUGAAAGCAUUAUAUCAAACUAUAAAGCAUUUGAGUUGCCAGUAUCGUACCCCUUGUGGACCAAAGUGGAGAAUGAAAUAAAGGAAGUGGUGAAAGAUUUGGUUUUUACACACAUGGAUUCAUCUAAAGGGGUCCUAACAGUGGCAAGUUUGGCCCAUGAUGUAAAUGACCUGAGACCCCUUCUGGAGAAAAUGUUAGAGCGAGCAUCAGCUCAAAUGGAGAGAGAGAAGAAUAGUGUAACAGAAGACAUGGAGAUGACACCUGGCAUGUACUCCCUGCUUCUACAAGAUGGUCUGCAAACCGCUACAGCUGCUUCUCCACAACUGCGCCUUGAUUACAACAAGAAAAUAAACAAAUUACAUUUAUCAGGUGUUCAAACUGAAAUACUCGCCUUCAAGUACUGGGUCCUUGAGAAGAAAAUAAAUAUGAAACAGACGCCUUUAAAGAUUGAUCGUUCAUUAAAGGAGUUCUUGAGAUCGGUGGAUUGUGAUGAGAUGUCCAAAGACCUGUUUGUGUCUCAAGGAAUAAGUGCUGUAUACACGGAAGAAAAUGGCGAUCUUGUUUUGAUUGGAAGCACAGACCGAGCACUUUCUGAGGCACAGGAGAGGUUGAAUGUGGUUCUUCAAACUAAAGACGUCUUUAUAGAAGAUCAGGGUGUGAGGGCAUUGCAACAGUGGCAAGAUCUAAUUAAACAACAGCAAGGUUUGUACAGCACAUCCAAAAAGAAGACAGUGUUCAUAAACACAACAAAAAGAGACAAAGUAACAGUGUCUGGAUUUAAAGAACCAGUGAUAGAGAUCAGCCAGACAUUAGGAGACUUCAUUAAGAAACACACUAGAAGUGAAACGAAUGUGAAGAACCUUGAAGAGUCAUAUGCUGUAGUUCUGGAGAAUGUUGCAGAUGACUUCACACAAGAUGUUUUGUCUCUUUUGGUGGAGAAUGUCAGUGGACUCUCGGAAAAGGACUUUAGCAUGGAACUAAUACCAGAAUUGAAAACAGCAGUUGUGAUCUUUAAUAUUCCCCGUGUUGCAGGAAAAUUUCUUGAGGAGAGUAAAACACACAGAAAGUUCAAGGACUAUGGUCUGAAGGCUCGCGCCCUGGAGAGAAGCACAUGUAUAAGGGUGGAGAAUCUUCCUUCUGAUGCCAAUAAGUUGCUGCUGGAGUUGUAUUUUCAAAAAUGGGGUGGUCCGGUAGAAGAAACCAUCACAUUGCCAAUGGAGCAAGCGGCCAUUAUGACAUUUAAGAACGAAGAAGACAUGGAAAAGGUGAGGAAGAUGGAGCAUACCAUCGGUGAUGUUCCAGUCAAGAUCCACCUCUACUAUAAAUCCCUAGGAACAGCUUUGUAUGGCAGCAACAGACCAACAUGGAAACUACCUGAACCAUUUAAAGUCGAUAUACAUUCUGCCAUCAGGGAGUUUCUCCUCAAGAAAAAUCUCAUUUCCUCUAUUAGUGAUAAGAUGAGCUCACAGUUCUGCCAAAUAAACAUAGACAAACCUGAAGUUCUGCUCAGUCCUGAUCCAGCAUUGCUAAAACAGAAAGGAGUAACCAGAAAACAUGUUGAUGGUUGGAGAAAGAAUGCCUCAGAGGCCUUUGAAAGCAUUAUAUCCAACUAUAAAGCAUUUGAGUUGCCAGUAUUGUACCCCUUGUGGACCAAAGUGGAGAAUGAAAUAAAGGAAAUGGUGAAAGAUCUGAUUUUUACACAUAUGGAUUCAUCUAAAGGGGUCCUAACAGUGGCAGGUUUGGCUCAUGAUGUAAAUGACCUGAGACCCCUCCUGGAGAAAAUGUUAGAGCGAGCAUCAGCUCAAAUGGAGAGAGAGAAGAAUAGUAUAACAGAAGACAUGGAGAUGACACCUGGCAUGUACUCCCUGCUUCUACAAGACGGUCUGCAAACCGCUACAGCUGCUUCUCCACAACUGUGCCUUGAUUACAACAAGAAAAUGAACAAAUUACAAUUAUCAGGUCUUCAAACUGAAAUUCUCGUCUUCACGAAUUGGGUCCUUGAGAAGCAAUUAAAUAUGAAACAGGCGCCUUUAAAGAUUGAUCAUUCUUUACUGGAGUUCUUGAGAUCGGUGGAUUGUGAUGAGAUGUCCAAAGACCUGUUUGUGUCUCAUGGAAUAAGUGCUGUAUACACGGUAGAAAAUGGAGAUCUUGUUUUGAUUGGAAGCACAGACCGAGCACUUUCUGAGGCACAGAAGAGGUUAAAUAUGGUUCUUGAGUCUAAAGAUGUCAUUGUAGAAGAUCAGGGUGUGAGGGCAUUGCAACAGUGGCAAGAUCUAAUUAAACAACAGCAAAGUUUGUACAGCACACCCAAAAAGAGGACAGUGUUUAUAAACACAACACAAAGAGACAGAAUAAUAGUAUCUGGAUUUAAAGAACCAGUGAUGGAGAUCAGCCAGACAUUAGGAGACUUCAUUAAGAAACACACUAGAAGUGAAAUGAAUUUGAAGAACCUUGAAGAGUCAUAUGCUGUAGUUUUGGAGAAUGUUGCAGAAGACUUAACAAAAGAUGUUUUGUCUCUUUUGGUGGAGAAUGUCAGUGGACUCUUGGAAAAGGACUUUAGCAUGGAACUAAUACCAGAAUUAAAGACAGAAGUUGUGACCUUUAAUGUGCCCCGUGUUGCAGGAAAGUUUAUUGAGGAGUGUAAGACACACAGAAAAUUCAAGGAUUAUGGUCUGAAGGCCCGUGCGCUGGAGAGGAGCACAUGCAUAAGGGUGGAGAAUCUUCCAUCUGAUGCCAAUAAGAUGCUGCUGGAGUUGUAUUUUGAAAAAUGGGGUGGUCCGGUAGAAGAAAUCAUCACAUUGCCAAUGGAUCAAGCAGCCAUUAUAACAUUUAAAAAUGAAGAAGACAAGGAAAAGAUAUUGAAGACAAGGCAUAUCAUCAUUGACGUUCCAGUCAAAAUCUACCCCUACUAUAAAUCUCUAGGAAGAGCUCUGUAUGGUAGCAACAGACCAACAUGGAAACUACCUGAACCCUUCAAAGUCAAUAUACAUCCUGCCAUCAGGCGCAAAAUCUGACUUUUCCGUAUGAUUUCUUGAACUGCUUUCACGGUACUUGGAUAUCAUCCGCCUACUGGUUAUUGUGCCCCCGCAUGAACUUGAACAAGCCUAGUAUAUAAACUUAUGAAUUUGUAUGAGGGACACUUGAUUGCAUCAGUAACUUUGGAAAUCCUACCUUGUAUGGUCUCUGUUAGUUUUGCUAUAGCAGACCAAGCAGAGUUUGGUUUUAUACUCGAAAAAAGACUUAAUAACUAAGAUAUCUCUAAGAUACCAUACCCAAAAUUACAGGCACAAUAAAAAUGACAACUGCUGACCAAUACUUCAUAUUAGCCCUCUGUCCUGCAGGCAGAGACGUGGCUGGGGUAGGUGCACAUGCACGCUGUAUCUGAGACUAAUUAGCUAUGUUAUAAUAAAGCUAAUGCAAGUUGAUUAAUCUACUGAUGACUCGUUUAAUCAGAGUCAGAAUGACUUUACAUCUCAAGAUCCUGUGGAUUUAAAGUUACAGCCAGAAGAUUUUGAUAAUGAAUAUAGGUAUAUUGAGAUGAAUGAAACGAUGCAGUGGAUUCAGAACCUACCUCUUGCUGUAUUUCUGUAACUUUAUUCUGUUUAAGAAAUUAAUCACUUUCUUGAUAUCACAAAGGAGCUUUGCAAACCCUAAUUUGAGACAUUGUUUUGGUGUCUUACACCAUGGCUAAUGGCUUCCUUUAAUCAGUUUGACAGGUACUCGUUUCCUGUUUACAUGAGGAUCUUUGGGGUGAAUAUCAUCUUAUGCAUUUACUGAAUGAGCACUGUGCUACUUCACACCGCCUGCACUUUUAACUCCAGAUGCUUUUACUCCUGAUUUAUUGUUUUUAACACAUUUUAAACUGUUUAUUUUAAAAUCACAUUUAUUUUCAUUUAAUUAUUAUUUCAAAUUCUCAUGUUUCUAUGUUAUUUUUGUGAAUUUAAAUUACAGAUUUUUUUCUCUUAGACUGUUUUCUCAUUUCUAUGUAAAGCACCUUAAACAACCCCUGUGUAUGAAAUGUGCUAUACAAAUAAACUUUCCUAUACAUUUAA